GUGGAGAAUACCUGGCAACCCUGCAGAGGAGCAUGACUGAGUACGUCGAGUUUAAAGGAGUGUAGGGAGGAACGGUGCAAUACAGAAAUAAAAUAGUUUUGUAGCAUGGACGAAUUAAAACACCAGGUUAUGAUAAACCAGUUUGUUUUGAUAGCUGGAUGUGCAUCAGACCAGGCAAAGCAGCUUCUCCAAGCCGCACACUGGCAGUUUGAGACUGCCCUUAGCUCCUUUUUUCAGGAAGCAAAUAUUCCCUACAGCCAUCAAAUGAUGUGCACACCUACCAACACCCCAGCAACGCCCCCCAACUUCCCAGAUGCUCUGGCCAUGUUCUCCCAUCUCCGAGCCUCAGAGAGUAUCGGUGCCAGUCCCAUUGCCUCUAUGGCUACCUCACCUCCUCCCUACAUUAACUGGGCUGUUGGACCCUCACCGCCCUCCAGCCAGCAGGGGCUCUGGGCAGCUUCUCAGCUUCCUUCUCACACCGCUGUUAGCCAGCAGGCAACCACUGAGCAGCCCAUGGAGGCAGAGAGAUGAGAACAAGCUCCUCUUGGCCCUUAGACAAUGCAGGAUGAGGAACGACGCCAUACAGAGAAGCAUACGUAAAGUGGAUAAAGCACUGAAAGACUGAGAAACAUGAGUAAUGAAGACUGAGCACGUGUUCUCAUUUAAGAGACAGAACAGAAAACGUCGCUGGGUUGUUGUUGUUUUUUUGUUGUUUUUUAAUCCAGUGAUCUCCUGGAUGAAAUGUGUACUCAGAUAUGACCUCAAGGUGCACAAAUGUGUAUGGGUUUAUUAGUUUAUCUCUCAUCACUCACAGAGGAGCUUAGUCAUCAAACAGUCGUCCCCUCCCCCAACCCGGCAGUGUUUGCACUGAAACGUCUAUCAUUUUAAUGUACUUUGGCCUUUAUAAUUGAAAACAGUGUCUGUCGGUUGGAACGGUGAAAUUGGGCUUGAUGAUGAUACACCAGGAAAGAAAACUGUACAAGAAUUGCUAAAAUGAUCAGCAAAUUUCAAAUAUUUUGGUCAAUAUAUGGAGAUUGCAAUUAUUCACUGUUAUAUAUUAUAUCAUUUUAAAUAAAAAAAGGUGUUUCUUUUGCACCACAGCAAAUACAUGCAAAUAGCUAAUGUAAACCAGUUAGCUAACUUUACCUAACUCUACCUAAGCACACAAACAUCACAGCCGGUUAUAAUUUAGCUUACAGUUCAUUCCAACUUGGUGGAUGAAGACAUUGUGAGAAAAGCUUGCCGUCUCCACUGAGCUAGACCUCACGCCCAUAUUUCUGAGACAAUGAGAUGUCUCUGUCUCUGAUAUUUAGGUGUAUCUACAGCCCCAGGGGAACUACUGCUUUGGCUAUUUCCGUGAUGCUGAGCUCUUUUCUCAGUUCAUCAUAAGACCAUGAGCCAUAACAGGUGCAAGGUGUUGUGGAAAUUAGACAACACUCGCAGACUCGUCCUCUGAAGGUAAAAAGGUUUAUUACAGAAAGAUGCUUAAUACAGGAUAGAAUAAAGCAGGAUAGAAUAAUGAGAGCGCUCCAAAGUGCUUGUGCUGAACCACUACUAUAUAUAUAUGAAACGCAGAGCAUGACACACUUCUGUGUACCGAUAAGAAGCGGUUUGAGGCAGUUCAAACAGGCUUUGUUUCAGUCAAAAGAAUAUUUACAAUAGAUGUGAAAUGGAUGUCAAAGCUCCGUCAUCGUCAGUGUCGCUGGGAGGAUCUGAUACCCAGUCAGGUUUAGGAUACAAGUCAGGUUGGUCAUCAUAGGCCAUCCAUCCAUCCAUCUUCUAUAGCGCUUAUCCUUUUCAGGGUCAUGGGGAACCUGGAGCCUAUCCCAGGGACCAUCGGGCACAAGGCGGGGUACACCCUGGACAGGGUGCCAAUCCUCUUUGCAAAUUUAUUAAAAGUAAAAAACAAAAAAAGCAA